CAGAGAUCUGAUACAAUAACAACUCUUAAAAACUUUUCUCUCUUACUCUUUAUUUAUUUUAUAUCUAAAAAAUAGGGAUUUAUUCUUUCUUUCUUUCUACAUCGUCACCAACCUACCUACCUAAUCUCAUUUGUCUCCUCUCUCUCAGUCACUCAAACCCUCGAAAGCCUGCGAAGACAACUCUUGAAGCGUCUCUAUCUUUCUCGUCUUGAGCUUUCCUCAAAGAUGGCAGCAACAUCAGCAGCUUCUUCGAUUUCAAUUGGAUCAAACCUUUCCAGAGCCACCUCCUCCUCCUCAAGGGCACAAGCUGUGAACUUCAACUACUCUCUCCCUCGUUUCACCGCUCUGAGAUCAUCCACUCUCCUCUCUGGACCAGAAUCCUCAUCUUUCGCCAAGUCUCUCCGCGGUUCCGUAAUGAAAUCCCAAUCAACCGACACGAAGCCGUACGGAUUGAACAUCAACGCUUCCUACAAAGUGGCGGUCCUCGGUGCUGCCGGAGGGAUCGGUCAGCCUCUGUCACUUCUCAUCAAAAUGUCUCCUCUCGUCUCCACCCUCCACCUCUACGAUAUCGCCAACGUCAAGGGAGUCGCCGCUGAUUUGAGCCACUGCAACACUCCCUCUCAGGUUCGUGAUUUCACCGGACCGGCUGAGCUGGCUGAUUGUUUGAAAGAUGUCAACGUCGUUGUCAUCCCUGCUGGUGUGCCGAGAAAGCCCGGUAUGACCCGUGACGAUCUCUUCAACAUCAACGCCGGUAUAGUGAAGACGCUUGUUGAGGCUGUCGCUGAUAACUGUCCUAACGCGUUCAUCCACAUCAUCAGCAACCCUGUUAACUCCACCGUCCCCAUUGCUGCUGAGGUGUUGAAGAAGAAAGGUGUCUAUGAUCCCAAGAAGCUCUUUGGUGUCACCACUUUGGAUGUUGUGAGGGCUAACACCUUUGUUUCUCAGAAAAAGAACUUGAAGCUCAUCGAUGUCGAUGUUCCCGUCAUCGGUGGCCACGCUGGAAUCACCAUUCUGCCUCUUCUAUCGAAGACCAAGCCUUCUGUCAGCUUCACUGACGAAGAGAUCGAGAAACUCACUCUGAGGAUUCAGAACGCUGGAACCGAGGUUGUGGAUGCCAAGGCGGGUGCUGGCUCGGCUACUUUGUCUAUGGCGUACGCUGCAGCGAGAUUUGUGGAGUCGUCUCUUCGUGCUCUUGACGGAGAUGGAGAUGUUUACGAGUGCUCGUUCGUGGACUCCACUCUCACUGAUCUUCCUUUCUUUGCAUCACGGAUCAAGAUUGGGAGGAACGGAGUUGAAGCUGUGAUUGAGUCUGACCUCCAAGGGCUGACUGAGUAUGAGCAGAAGGCACUAGAAGCUCUUAAGCCAGAACUGAAAGCUAGCAUCGAAAAGGGUGUUGCAUUCGCAAACAAACCUGCUAACUAAGAUCUUUGAUCUCAUCUGAGAGAAACAUGCUUCGACAUUCGAGAGGAUAACAGUUUCCUUCUGAUCAUUUUGAGUUUUGUUUUGUUUUAUUUUUGUUGCAUCGGCGAGACAUUUUCUGGUUGUAGAAUAAAGAAUGUAUUAGCUUCUUCGGUUCUGAAGAUGUUGGAUACACGACAUUGAAUCAGAUUUUAUGAUGAAUCACACCAAAUAUCAA